GGAGAGGCCGCAGGGACUGGAUCUGUCCGCGCCGGGGCAACGCCGAGCACCGGGACAGCGCCGAGCACCGGGACAGCACCGAACAUCGGGGCAGCGCCGGGCACCGAGACAGCGCCGAGCACCGGGGCAGCACCGAGCAUCGGGGCAGCGCCGAGCACCGGGACAGCGCCGGGCAGCGGGGCAGCACCGAGCACCGAGACAGCGCCGAGGAACGGGGGCAGCACAACAGCGGCGGCAGCGCCGAGCACCGGGGCCGCACUGAGCACAAGGGCAGCUCCCGGCACCGGGACAGCGCCGAGCACCGAGGCCGGGGCGGCGCCGAGCACGGCUGCAGGGAGCGGCGACCCACCGCCGCCGGGGAUGCAGGGUGAAGUGACAGUUGGUCCUUCGAGCCCAGUUGUUGUAGCUUCAUUACCACCCCAACCCCAGGCCAGAUGCACUUCCAUUGGCGAGGGGGAAAUCUUCAAGCUGCCGGGAAGGCUGAGAAUCCAGCCCUCGCUGUGGAGCAAGGAGGAUGUGAUCCACUGGUUGAGAUGGGCUGAGAAAGAAUAUUCCCUUCGGAAAACGGAUGAAAGCAAGUUUGAAAUGAACGGGAAAGCCCUGUGCAUUCUCACCAAGGAUGACUUCAGAUACAGAGCUCCUAGCUCAGGUGAUGUCUUAUAUGAAUUACUCCAGUACAUCAAAACUCAAAGAAGAGCUCUAGUGUGCAGCCCUUUACUGAACUCACCUUUCAGGGAGGUCAAGAGCACGGUGGAAGGAGCGGACUGCUGCGCAGAGGCUGCCCCAGCUGCUGUUUCUUCCCCUUUGCCUAGCUGCUCAAGCUGUGCCAAACAACCCUUGUUCUCCAGCGGGACCUGCAGCCAUGUGGAGCCACUGAACCUCUCUCAUCCCAGCUCGGAAGGCAGCUGCAGGGCAGAUGCCCUCUGCUCUUUCCGUACACCCCCACCAGCUCCAGCAGAUGGGAGGAUUGCAGACUGCAGGUUACUGUGGGAUUACGUGUACCAGCUCCUCUCUGACAGCCGCUAUGAGCCUUACAUCAAAUGGGAAGACAAGGAGGCCAAGAUCUUCCGGGUUGUUAAUCCUAAUGGACUUGCCCAGCUCUGGGGAAACCACAAGAACCGGAUAAACAUGACAUAUGAAAAGAUGUCACGAGCACUCAGACAUUACUACAAACUCAACAUCAUCAAAAAGGAGCCAGGGCAGAAGCUGUUGUUUAGAUUUCUGAAGACUCCUGGGGAGAUCAUCCAUGAGAAACCCAGCAAACUGGAGCAGCUGGAGAAUGAGGAACAUGAGGAUUUCAAGGAAGAUACAUUGGAGGUCUCUCUGUAGGAAAUCUCUGCGGGUAGCAUUUGCAGUGUAUUGCAGAUUUGUACUCCACUGUGAAAUACUGGAGUCUCUUGCUCUCCCAGCAGAAGGCCACAGAGCAGUGGUCAUGGAUUUCAAAACCUGUCCUGAGCAAAGACUGUGACAACUUUGGGGCUUUGUCAGCAAAACUCACACACCAAAAUUAUCCUCCUACCCAGAAAGUGAAGGUGAAUUUGUGUGUUGGUCUUUUGCUUGCUUCUUUCCCUCCUCAGUGAGAGAACGUGAUGUUUUUUGCUUUUUAUGUUUCAAUGCUUGUCUGCAAGGUUCAAACUUGCUGGUAAAGAUGGUUCCAUUCUUCAAACUAAGCCUGAUGAGCAGAAAGCGCUGGAGCACACACUUUGCAUUGAACAUUUAAUCAAGCACUUUCAUUGAGAGCGGUGGUCAUAAGCAUUUACAUGCUGGUCUGAAACUGAGCCUUUGCCCCUUGUUGGGGAACGGACUUACAUUGCGGAUAUGCUGUACAUUAAUCUCACAGGCUGCAGUGGAGCUGCUGACCGUAUUGAGGGCGGGAAUGUCCACCUGGAACAGGCCCAGUUGGAGAUGUGCAGCUCCACACUGCAGGGAGUCUUUAAGCUGGGUCUCGUUUUAGCUCCUUUCCCUCCAUAUAAUUCUUAUUGUAAUUAGCUGACUAGAUAAUGUGACAAGAAACACAAGCCAGUAAUGAACACGAUCACACUUAUUGUUAGAGAUGUAGUUAUUUGCUUUGGGUACAAAACAGGACAUGCACUUUCAUGCCCCACAAAAGGGCACGGUAUUGACUCCAGUCCUCCUGGGGUUUGGCUGUUUGCGGUACUCGUGAGAAAUCUGUGGAGCUGCUCUGUGUUUUACACCAUGGGAGGAUGUAGCAUAUAUAAUCUUUGCCCUCAGCUUCUGAAUACCCAAACCAAAGUUCCCAGUGAGCCAAAGUUUACUUAGAGUAUUUGGGCAACUAAUGGAAAAGGCUGGCUUCGUAACCUCACUUAUUGUUAGUAAGUGCUAAAAGGAACAAUGUGCAUGUGUUUCUUAAAUCUGAAAAUAUCCAUUAAUAUUUUUGGAUUAUGUUUUGCUGGGGAAAUAAA